CAGACAUAAAAGCCGCAGAGCCUUGCGCAAAGGGCUAAAGGAAAGUGCUUUAUAUAUGAAAAAUUGAUAUAAGAAUCUCUGAGUCUUGAGCAAGGGGCUAAAGGACAGUUGAAACUCUGCUUCUCUCCAGCUUCGAUCUCCUUCCCGUCAAAUACUAUGGAUUCUCUUGCUUCUGAUCCUGUAAACCAGUGCACGGCGACGAGCUUUGAGAUGGACUCACAGAGGACACAGUAUCCAUAUGUUACUGGGACCUCUGUGAUAGGUGUAAAGUAUGAGGAUGGGAUUCUUAUGGCUGCUGAUACGGGAGCUUCCUAUGGAUCUACCUUGCGAUACAAAAGUGUGGAGAGAAUCAAGCCUGUUGGUAAACACUCUCUUCUAGGUGCAAGUGGAGAAAUAAGUGAUUUUCAGGAAAUCUUACGGUACCUCGAUGAGCUCAUCUUAUACGAUAAUAUGUGGGAUGAUGGGAACUCCCUGGGACCCAAAGAAGUGCACAGUUAUCUCAAUCGAGUAAUGUACAACAGGCGCAACAAAUUCAAUCCUUUGUGGAACUCACUUGUCCUUGGUGGAGUAAAGAAUGGGAAAAAGUAUCUUGGCAUGGUCAGCAUGAUAGGUGUGCAUUUUGAGGACAACCAUGUGGCUACUGGAUUUGGGAAUCAUCUCGCUAGGCCAAUUCUGCGGGAUGAAUGGCGUGAAGACAUGACCUUUGAGGAGGCUGUGAAGUUGCUUGAGAAGUGUAUGCUUGUACUUCUCUAUCGUGAUCGAUCAGCUAUCAACAAGUUACAGAUUGCUAAAAUCACAGAGGAGGGCGUGACCAUCAUGCCUCCUUAUGCCUUGAAGACAUUCUGGGGCUUCUCUGCUUUCGAGAAUCCAACCAAAGGGGCCGAAGGAUCGUGGUAGCUCCUAGUAAGGGAAAGUGUGCGUUCCUUGCAAGUCUUACAAUUUCUCUCUUCAUUUAGAUAUAUUCUAGUUGGAGAUUAAAACUGAAGGCCCUACCUGGAUUUCACUUGAAAUAUUUUCUCAAAUUUCCUUCCUCAUAUAUGGUGUUGCCUAUUGCUUCGAUGUUUUCAUUUUUGCACUUCUUACAAGGUCGUCUCUGAUGUGGUGAAUUAAUGCCAAUCUCAUUGCCACAGAAAGUGUCAUACAAAUACAUUCAUAGGGAGGGUUACCUACCUGUGUUACUGGAUCUCUAGACUUAAGAUUUUGAUGCUUUUGGAUGAGAGAUAUUUUAGCUUCAGAAAAAAUUGCACAAUCGUCUUAAAUUUA